AUGGGACUACCACCACGAGAAGAGCCAAGGUCAGAACAACUUCAUGCGCCUAUCGUGAGGCUAGCUGCCAGAGCUCUAGCCGACAAGAAUAUCCCUGUGGUAGAGUACGGGCAGCAGGUGCAGUACCGCGGCGGAGACCCUAUGGUCCUUCUACUUGUUGAAUGGGCAGUCCCCGAUGAACUUCUAUCAUUUUCAUCGCAAGUACUAUCAAAAUAUGGGUUCUCCCGUGUCCCUCCAUCCACAAAGGUGACUGACAGGUACGGACCAUGGGAGCGAGGCUGCAUCGUCCACAAGCACAAACUGGAUGAGAGCAGUCCCAUAUAUCUCUACCCACUUUCCUUUGUCGGCCUUGCGCUCCAAGACACCGUCAAAGUCACAUCGACAUUUGAUCGUACGCUGCCGAUACUGACGCCCAAACCUCCCAUGUAUAUGGUGUCGUUGCUUCGUCAUCUCUUAUACCACCCGGUGAACGAUAGCUUCAGACUGAGAGUCAUCGAUGAUUUAUUGUCGUUUAUAUCCUUCUACAUUUUGCGCGACAAACCGCUGAAUACCAAGGAAGUUGGAUGGGAGGACGAGGAGAGCGAGGAGGAUUUCCAGCAAAGACUUGAAGAGGCAGUACUGGAGAUGAAGAGUUGGGAUUGGGGCGCAUCUAGAGAGGAAUACUUAUGUAUUGCGGAAUCUGUUGUUCGCGACUGUCGGUCUAUUUACCAGCUAUCUAAUUGUUGA